AUGCCUGGAAAAUCUCCGUCGGCAGCAAUUUCGCCGUCGUCCAAACUUUCUGUUCAGUUUUCAAUAAGAGAACGGGAUGUGAUCAAAGCGAUUUUAGAAUUCCUCGAACUCCGCGGCCUUCACAUUGCUCAGUUGUCGCUUGAACGUGAAACAGGAGUUAUCAAUGGAGAAUUCUCCGACGACGUGUUAUUUCUUCGCCAAUUGAUUUUGGAUGGACAAUGGGAUAACGCGCUUGAUUUUGUGGAACCUCUCAAAUCGGUCAAGGAAUUCGAUUUUCAAUCAUUCAGAUAUAAUCUGACGAAAUACAAGUUUUUUGAGCUGCUUUGCGUUAAACUCGAACCCGGACCGUUGCAUGAUAAUGAUUUUGCUGUCGAGGAGCUUGUUGAAUGCCUCAAAGAUCUUGAGCACAUCUGCCCGUCACCCGAAGAUUAUCGUCAUUUGUGCGCGCUGCUCACAUUGCCGAAACUCUCAGAUCAUGACGAUUUCAAGAAUUGGAAUCCGAGUUCGGCGCGUGUUGAAUGUUUCCAUAAAGUGUUGGGAUUAGUUGCGCAUUUGUUGCCGCCAACCGCGAAAGAGAAAGAUCGCGUGCAGGAAGAGCACUCGACGAACGACCGAUUGUUCGCGCUGAUUGCCAAAGGUCAAUUUUACGAAGGAUGCGUUGAUUACUGCCAAGCGCAGGCUAUUGGCGACGUGCGCGGCAUUGAAGCUGGACCAACUCCAUCGUCGUUGCUUUCGAAUCGCGCGCGCCUUUCUGCGACCGAUUUGUCAUUGGUGUGUUGGCUGGAAAUGGUUAGCAAAGAGCAAUUUGCGAUGCCAUUUAAACAGAAACAACUCGAUCUCAAAAUCGAGAAUCUCCGAAAACCGCGACUUGAGGCGCAAUGGACUGAAACAAUCAUGGCGACACCGAUCAAACCCGGCGGUCAUUUUCCGCACAAUUUGGUGCCGACAUCAAAAUUGAAGUUCGCUGAGAAGAUGAGCCAAUCGAUGACGAUGAGCAUGCUGCCUGGUGUUGCGGAUUGUAUGGCGACGAGCGCAUUCCCAACGGCGGUUAGAUCGCAUCCGAUGUCGCAAUCGACGGCCGCUGGAUUCUGUUUGGGCGUAAUGGAUCCGUCAGCCGACGCAAUGGCGCAGAGUCAAUUAAUCGAUGAGAUGAUGGAAUCCAGCCAGUUGGCGAAAACAUCGCGGCCGGACACGUUGAAAGGUGUUCCCACACAGAAUCCGAUGGCUAUGUCGAUGGCUCCUCAGCUUCAAGCACCGAUGGCGCAGAGUAUGAUGAAUUACGAUUUUACUCCAGUUAGGAGGCAAUUGGACGAAAUGGCGCGAAGAUCAAUGCCGCCUUCUAGAAUUCCGACGCUGCCGUCCGUUCCCGAGCUCGCAUCACCCAGCUGUCAGCAAGAAGAGAAUCUUAUGACGCAGAGUCGGCUAUUUCAGCAGUUUUCGGCGACAAAACAAAUUCGUAAGAAUAUUUCUUUUCGUUAA